GAAAAAACUACCCUCCCAAGGCUGGCGGCUGGCCUGCCCUGCCGAAGCGCGCCGUGCCGUGUCUCCGUGUGCCCCUUCCUCCCAGAACCAGAAGAAGUUCUCGAAGCUUCUCGAAACAUCGCUCCGUCUCCUCCUUCAGCCAAAACCCAGAUCCCGAAACCCCAGACGAGCACUGCUCCGCAUGGACCAUCAUUGGCGCUUCCCUGCGGUCGCCGGCGCCGAUUUCUGCCCGGUCUGUUCCGUGCGUCACUUCCCCUUCUGCCCACCGCCGCCUCUCCCGCCGCAUCCCUUCCCCUACGACCUCCAGCCGCCGCCACCCCCUCCCCCGCCGAACCCCUUCCCAUACGACUUCCACCCGCCGCCCCCACCGCCGCUGAUGUGGGCCCCUCCACCUCCUGGGCCGCACGACCCGCGUUCCUACGAUCUCCCCGGCUGGGAGGGGCCUCACAAGCGGAUGCGCCUGGGCGAGGCGCCACCGUUCGAUCCGUACGACUUUGUGCCUCCACCGCCGCCAGGAAGGGCUUCUGUGGAGGGCGAUCGGCUGCUCGGCCUGAUCCGGGACCAUGGCCGCAAUCCACUUCCCGGUUGUCUACCUGACGGCGGCUUUGGUUACGGAGGAGGUAGAUUAUAUCCCCGGCAAGGAUGUGAUUUUGCGGAUUUCGACCAAAAGUUGCCACCUCCCAUGCUGAAUGAUAAUGGCUUCGGACAAGGUUUUGUGCCAGACGAAGGCCCUCACCGAAAGUAUUUUGACGGUGCCAAUCACCAUUUCCAUCAGUUCCACCCAGAGCCAUUGCCUGGUGCGCCGCUGCACCCUCCACUGCCUCGCUACCCUGAUCCCCAUGGUUCACAUGCUUGGCAUGUUGAGGCAGGUGCUGUGCCACGGCCAGCAGAGCCUCCAUUCCCCUCUAACCAUGAUUACCGUGCUGCACCGCCACGGUUGACUGCAAAUUCAUCAUUGUUUCCUGUCCUUUCUGGUUCGCCAACAACGGAAAAUUUUCCAUCAACCGCUGGUACCUUGCCUCCAGCCCAUCCCAUGCCAAACAAAAACCGUCAUGACGGACACAUCAACGAUGAGGGGCCAGGUUUCAUUUAUCGACCACAAUCAGAGCAGAACUUGAUAGAUGGAAGGAUGACCAGUGCACAUUAUUCUCUGGAAAAUUCCAAUGUCACGGUCAUCAAUGCUUGUGAUUUGUUCAAGCAGCCGCUUCGUGGUUCACGCCCUGACCAUAUUGUUGUCAUCCUCAGAGGGCUUCCAGGUAGUGGAAAGAGUUAUCUGGCAAAGGCAUUGCGCGAUCUUGAAGUUGAUAAUGGUGCAAAUGCGCCUAGGAUACACUCCAUGGAUGAUUAUUUCAUGAUUGAAGUUGAGAAGAAAGUGGAAGACACUGAAGGCCCUAAAUCUUCUAGUGCAUCAAAAGGGAGGAGGCAGUUGACUAAGAAAGUAAUUGAGUAUUGUUAUGAGCCAGAAAUGGAGGAGACUUACAGGUCAAGCAUGUUGAAGGCAUUUUCAAAGACCCUUGAUGAAGGAAAUUUUACAUUUGUGAUUGUGGAUGACCGCAAUCUGCGGGUAGCUGAUUUUGCUCAAUUUUGGGCAACUGCGAAGAAAUCAGGCUAUGAGGUGUACUUGCUGGAGGCACCAUACAAGGAUCCAACGGGCUGUGCUGCAAGGAAUGUGCAUGGAUUUACAUUGGAUGAGAUAAAAAAGAUGGCAGCGGACUGGGAGGAGGCUCCACCAUUAUAUCUGCAGCUAGAUAUACAUUCAUUAUUCCAUGAUGAUAACCUUCGUGGCCAUUCUAUACAAGAGGUAGAUAUGGACACUGAGGAUGUUGAUGAUGCUAAUGACGCAACUAGCAUCAUUGCUGAGAGCUCGCAGAAGGCUGUACAGGAUCCACCAAACGAAGUGAUGUCUGUAGGCUUCUCAAAGCCAGGGGAGGAGUGGAACUCAGAAGUAGAAGAUGGCCUGGAUAGUUUAAAAGAACUAGGACAGAGUAAAUGGUCAAAAGAUUUUGAGGAUGAAACCACAAAGUCCGAGAAUACAGAGGAAAACACACAUGCUCUUUCUGGCCUGGCCCGGACAUAUAGCACAGGACGCAAAAAUGUCAGUUGGGGUGAUCGGCUUGAAAAGGGUGGGUUUUCCAUUUAUGCAACUAAAAGAAAACUUACUUCGUCACUAAUCAUAGGGCCUGGAUCAGGGUACAAUUUGGUAUCCAACCCCUUGGCUGAAGAUAGUUCCACAGGUACAAAAGGGAAGACGAAUAACGAGACCAAAAAACGGUUCAGUGAACAACUUCGUGACGAAGGUGAAUCCUUCAGGGCAGUUUUUGACAAGACAAAGCAGCACAUUGGAGUUUUUGAGAAUGGAGAUGAGGAAUAAUCCUUGACUAGAGGUUCUUUUAGUUGUUUGCCCUUAAGCGUUUUGGAUGCUCAGGAUGAUACUUCACACUUACGGAGGGGACUAGUGCAGACAGCUUGGAGUCACUUUUUCCCCCUUCCGCUUGUCAUCCUGCAGCAAGUCACAAUAUUGAGCCAUUCAGUGAAUCGUGGGAUCAAUAUUCUUUAGUCCAAUCGCCUUCAUCAAGCGCAAUGAGCAAUAGUUCCAAUGUGCCGUUCAAUGAAAGCAAUGCGGAUUUUUUUGGUUCAUGGGCUUGUUGUCCUUGUAAAGGCAACUCACACAUGCCACAAAGAUGUACUGUACCUAUGUAUCAGGCACGCACACUGAAUAGUGGCCAUCAGUUUUUACAUGUUUCUGUUAUAUAUGUGUUGUUGUUACCACGAGAAACUAUUCGGCUCUCGUCUCUUACUACUGUGACGAGUAAACUGUCUGAAUCUGAACAAUUGUUUUCUUAAA